GCUUUACUCGACUGUAUGGGAUUAUAUUAUCUGGUGUUUUUCAGAUGCUGUGGCGCGUGUCUAUUGUGGUGUUGGCGGCGUUGGCGGGGACAGGUCUCCUAUGAGGACGCCCAGCCCGCGGUUGUUGUGUCGGCGCCCUCUCCUGGCCCCGCUCCAUCAUUUGUGGUUCCCGCCCCGUCCUUUGUUUUUCCUGCCCCCGCCCCCGCCCCGCCCUUCGUGUUUAAUGCCCCCCAGCCCGCCGUGGUGGUGCAGCCACCAACCUCUGCCGGCCUGUCCUUCGUGCCGCCGCCUCAGCCCUCGCUGCUCCCAGUCACGCAACCCGCCGCCCCACAAUUCGGCAUCUCUCAGGGCGUGCUGCCGCCGCUGCCCCAGUGCCCCAGCACCUACUCCUUGGUGCACGUGACGUACCAAGGCAGCCUGUACCACUUCUCGUGGUGCUUCCAGCCCGGCCACCGCUUUACCCACCAGCAGGCGGCAGACUACUGCAACAGCCUCAACCACUUCGGCCAGCCCUACCACUUCCAGGUGCUCAGGAUUGACGACACCACCGAGGUCUCCUUCAUCCACUACUUGCUAAGCUACUACGCCCACGCCGCAGUGUGGACCAGAGACACCACCGCCACCGCGCCUUACAGCAUCCGCGGCUUCAUCAACAGGUCCGGCGUGAACCAGCCUGGUCACGACUGUCUGUCCGUGGAGGCCGCGCUGCUCGCCCUGCACAGCAUCUGGGUGCACGAGAACACCUGCUUGGAUGCCAAGCUGGUGGUCUGCGAGGCGCGAUACUAGCCGCCUGUGCACUGCCGGAUUGUCCACUGCUCAAUGUAAUUGUUGGAAGUAAUAAAGACUAAAAUGAUGAA